AUGAAGACCUUCACCAUCGCUACCAUCGUCGCUCUGGCCUCCGUUGGCGCCGCUCAGCUUGACAACAUCCCGUCUUGCGCUCUCAACUGCUUCGUCGGUCCCCUCACCAGCGACGGCUGCUCCUCUCUCACCGACUUCGCCUGCCACUGCAAGAAGGGUGCUCAGCUCCUCUCCCAGGUCCAGCCCUGUGUUCAGGGUGCCUGCGGUCCUUCCGACCAGGCCGCCGCCAUCGCCGCUGUUGAGUCCACCUGCUCUGCCGCUGGUGCUCCCAUCAGCAUCCCUGAUGCCAGCGCUCCCGCUGCCAGCUCUGCUGUAGCCUCCGCUACAUCUGCUGCUGCCUCAGCCGCCUCUUCCAUGGCUUCCUCCAUGGCCUCCGAGGCAUCCUCCGUCCUCUCCGAGGCCUCUUCCGCUGUCGCAUCGGCUGCCUCCUCCAUGUCAUCCGAGAUGUCCAUGUCCGAGUCCAUGUCCAUGACCGCCACCCCUACCGCCACCGGCAGCAUGAGCAUGACCCCCUCUGCCUCCAUGUCUGAGUUCACCGGUGGUGCUGCUCAGGCUACCCAGGCUGUCGGUAUCCUCGGUGCCGCUGCCCUUGCCAUGUUCGCUUUGUAG